GCAGUUGUAUUUUUUUCCUUCCUUUUUCUUUUCCCGCAUGUCUUCCAUCGAGUCUACCCACCCGUAUGUAGCACGCGCGCCUGCCUCCUGGUUCGACGUGGUCCGUCGCCUUAGCAAUAAAUAGCUCAACACUAAUUCAUUCACACCAAUUACAUGUAUGAUUUGCUCUUUCUGUGCUUGUCAACACUGCCCCCUAUUGAGCCUUUUAGAAACGUACAGGUAUCAGUUGACACAUAGCCGAGUAUCUAUUAAUAACCGGGCGGGUAGGAGUUGUCAUUUGGCAACCCUGUAUACGCUUGAGCAUAAAAGAGAGGAACAAAUGUGCUUCUAAUGAGUGUUUGCGAUUCCCGUUGCGGAAACGUCAUGUCCAAGGACACCUUUCCCUUCUCCUCCACAUCACUGCGCUCCCUGAGGCUCGAGCAGGAGUUGCAAGACUGGGAGGACGCACGAAGGGCCCUGGCCCAGAGGCGCGCACUCACCCGAGAGCCGCUACCGAGAGCCCCCCCACCCCGCAGGGCUACGCAGCGGCUCCAGGAGGUGCGGGCCGCCCCGCCUAUCGUCCGCUGCCGAGACGCUGCCGUCCACAAUACCUUCAUGUGCGGGGACAUGAAGGGGGUGUAUGCCGUCCUCAGGGACCCCGCCAUGGUCAACGCUCAGAUGGAGACGGUGCAUGAGGAGAUGACGUGGGCCCCGGAGAUGGGCAUAUGGACCAUAAGCUCCAAGGUGAAGCAGACGUCCGCCCUGCGCCUGGCUUCCGGCGGUGGGCACGCAGCGUGCGUGGAGGAGCUCUUGUCCCGCGGAGCCGAGGUGAACGCUGAGCCGGGAGGUGCCGCGGCGCUCCACGAUGCCUGCGCGGGAGGACACGCCGCCUGCGUCAAACUGUUGCUGGCCCACGGAGCGGACGCGCAACUGCUGACGGCCGACGGAAGCGCUCCUCUUCACCUGUGCGCCUCAGCCCUCUCGUUACCGUGUGCCGAGCUGCUUCUGGACGACGGCGCCGACGUGAACGCGAGGACGGCCGAGUCCAGGCUUACUCCGCUGCACGUGGCCGCCUCCAGGGGCCUGGAGGGCCACGUGGAGCUGCUGCUCUCCCUCGGCGCCGACGUGCUGGCCACCAACCUGGAGGGGGAGACGGCUCUGAACGCCGCCUGCGCCAAAGCCGACAAGCCGUCGGAGGUGGGCCGCUACCUGGCCGUGGUGCGCAGGUUGCUGGACGCGGGCGCCGACCCGCGCACGGCCGGUAAGAAGCGACACACGCCGCUGCACAACGCUUGCCACAAUUGCAACCCGGCCAUGGUGGAGCUGCUGCUGCGGUCCGGAGCCAAGGCAGAUGUCAGCAACAGCGCAGGCUACACGCCCUUGGAGUGUGCGCUGCAGGUGCUUGAGGACAACUUGGACCAACAACCUGAAGCAGUGGUACAGAUGCUCCUGAAUCAUGGAGCCAAACCUGUCCCACCAAAGACGUUGAAGCGGUGUGUCCUCUCUCCCGCAACCUUGGAGGUUAUCCUGAACUCGUACCCGUACGUCCCGCGGUGCGACUGGAUGGAAGACCACGGCCCUCUCGCGCGAGGACACGAGGGUUUCUUCGAACGAGUGCGUGAGCUGAGCGGUCAGCCUCGCUCACUGCAGCACCUCUGUCGCUGCGCUUUGCGUCGUUGCUUGGGGGCGCUUUGCCACUCGCAAGCGAGUCGACUGGACGUCCCCGGCUCGGUUCGGGAUUACCUGCUGCUGCAGAACGACGGCACGCUGCACUAAAUUUGGCCUUGCUUUUUGGAGCCCUAUCACAUAUUCAAAUGAAAACAAUAUGACUUCACAUUUUUUCUCCAGUUUUUCAAAAAGAGCUGACAGAGAAAAAUGUAUCGUUGCAAUUAGGGCUGUAGCGUUACUUAAGUGUUUACCAAAUGAAAAGA